UUUCUUCUCUCUCUAAACAUAAACAGAUUACGAUGAGAGAGAAAGCGAAACGCUAACAACACACACACACCCAAACUUUUACCCUUCCCCUCCCAUUUUUUCAUUUCCCUCUCGAUUCCAUCGCCUUUACUUUCGAUCCCUUUCUACACAGACAACCUUAUUCUCCUCUUUCUCUCUUUCUCUCUCUUUUUUAAAUUCGCUUCAUUUUCUUCAAUUUUCAUUUUUCUUCUUCUCGUCUGGUUGUUUGAUUGGAUCUAAGAUGGUUGGGUGAAGCUUAAGGACAUGUGAUUGUUAUCUUAUCUUCAUAUUCUGGUUAAUAUUAUAUUAAGAUGCACUCUGAUCUUUCACACUAAAUUGUUGGAUUCAUAAUUCUAAUUGUAAGCUGGUUCUAUUGGUAUUUUGAAAAUGGCAAAAGGAAGCAGGGGACGAUACAGAAUUGCUUCUCGUCAGUAUAGACUGACUCCGUACCCACUGGCUCGAUGCAAAAGGGACAGUUGUGAGGAUAUGUGCCAAAAGAAAUGCUCUAAAGCCUUGGAUAAGAAAGAGUGUGAAGAUGUAACGUGUUCUGUGUGCAUGGAAUAUCCACACAAUGCCGUUCUUCUUCUUUGUUCUUCUCACGACAAGGGUUGCCGUCCCUAUAUGUGUGGAACUAGCCUUCGUCAUUCCAACUGCCUUGAUCAAUACAAGAAAGCUUACACUAAAGUAGGUUCAAUUGUUAGUCCAGGUUCACUCCAUGAUUCGAAGGACGAAGUCACCGAACUUGCCUGCCCCCUGUGUAGGGGUCAGGUCAAAGGCUGGACUGUUGUUGAACCUGUCAGAGAUUUUCUCAACGAAAAGAAAAGAAGCUGCAUGCAGGACAACUGCUUGUUUGUUGGGAACUAUAAGGAGUUGAAAAAGCAUGUGCGGGCAGAGCAUCCUUUGGCACGUCCACGGACAGUAGAUCCUGAUCAUGAGCAGAAAUGGAGAUGGCUCGAGUGGGAGCGUGAACGAGAAGAUGUUAUCAGCACAGUGACAUCAACCAUACCUGGGGCAGUGGUUUUUGGAGAUUAUGUUAUAGAUGGUCGCCACAAUGACUUCGAUUCAGAUGAUGAAGAGGAGGCUCUUGAUGCAGUGAAUGCAGAAAGAAAUGGGAGAUUUCAGAUGGGUAUAGAGGCUAUGAAUUUCUUCCUCCUGCUACAUGCGGUUCGUCAGGGGAAUGAUAUCAACAGCAUAAGUAGACGGUUGAGGCCUGAGCUGGCCCCAAAUGGGUUAGCCGACCAGAAUAGGGACAAUGAGCUAGAUGUUAUGCUGGAUGUCACGGAUGACGACAAUGAUGAUGGAAGCUACAAUGAAGGUAAUGAUGAUGGUGUAUCCCUGGUUAGCCGACUCCGCAGGCAGGGCGGUGGCAGAGUUCUGUUGAACCGUUCUGGUAGGAGGCGUAGGCGUAGAGAAGCACAUGCAACGAUCGGAGGAAGUUGAUGAUCAUGCUUGAAGCAGGAGGUUGGAAAGGGACAGGUUUCUUAGGUAUAUAUUAGAUCGAAAAAUUUAGCACCAUUUACUGGUGACAUAAUAACAUUUGAAGGGUUUUUCUCUAAAAGAAAAAUCAAAAGAUGGGCAUUUUUAUUUGUUUAUCUUAUUGUAAUUUGUCUUCUUUGUACAUGUACAUUCCUACCUUCCUCCUAUAGUCCUAUUGCUUUUGCACAUUAUAAUGUGAAAUUCACUCAUGUAAACAUUUGAUUGUAUGAAAUCUUUGGCAUGAAUUUGAUUGCCAUGUAAGGGUCCCAGGAUUGAACAGUUGCAAACUGGCUGUUUCAGCUAGCUAGUAUAUAAACCAGGAAUUCUGGGUAUCAAAA